ACAGAUAACAUGAUCUACAUCAUCAUGGGAGUAUCGGGAACUGGGAAAAGCAGUUUAGGUCUGUUCCUGUCUGAAAAGCUGGGCUGGCCUCUGCACGAAGGCGAUGAUUUCCAUCCUCGGGAGAAUAUUCAGAAAAUGGCUCGUGGUGAACCGCUCACAGACCAGGACAGAUGGCCUUGGCUUCUCAAACUACAUGAAGUCAUUGAGAGAGAGAGGAGUUCGGGCUGCAGUGCUCUUGUGGUGUGCUCUGCUCUGAAGCGCCAGUAUAGACAGGUCCUCCUCUUUGGCUCUACGGCCCUUUCUUCUUCUACUGUUUCACACCAGGAAGUGCCGCCUUCAACACCUCCUGAUGUCUUUUUCCUCUACCUGCAUGGUGACUACGAACUCAUACACAAGAGGAUAGUAGCCCGAAUGGGUCAUUACAUGAAAGCAGACCUGCUUCGUUCUCAGUUCGAUAUUUUAGAGCCUCCAUCCGAUGAGGAGAACGUGUUAUCGCUGGAUGUCAGGAGGAGCAUCGCUGACAUGGCUGGGGAGGUUGAAAAGCACAUCAUCACCCUGAAUCAUUGCCAGGAGUCAAGUUGUAGCUAA